UAUUUAUAUAUUUAUUAGCAACAACAGUCAUUCUCUUCUUCUGACCCUGGAAGAGGAGAACCACCAACCCAACCCAUCCCCCACCCACUGCAUGUGCUUGUUGGUUGGACUGGGGCUAAUGGCUUUGGGACAGAUGUUAGAAGCAAAACUGGAGUGUCAUGGUUUUUUUGUUUUAUUUUGUUUUGUUUUUUGUUUUUCUCAGAAUUGUCUUCUUAGUGCUUGGAUGGUGUGAGUGAAAACCCAGAGGAAUACAUUUGGUGGCUGAGCUAGUACAAUGCCAUCACUGGAUUCCAUGACCUUCGAGGAUAUAGUUGUAGACUUCACUCGGGAAGAGUGGGCCCUGCUGGACACAUCCCAGAGAAAGCUGUUUCAAGAUGUGAUGUUGGAGAACAUCAGUCAUCUGGUCUCUAUUGGCAAACAGCUCUGCAAAUCAGUUGUGCUUUCUCAUUUGCAGCAUGUAGAGAAACUUUCAACACAAGGAAUGAGCUUACUGCAAGGUAGAGAAGGUGACAUUAAACAUCAAGAGAUACCAUUCAUUCAACAUACCUAUCAGAAGGGCACAUCCACCAUCAGCACAAUGAGAUCUCAUACUCAAGAGGAUCCUUUUCUAUGUAAUGAUUUAGGAGAAGAUGUCACUGAACAUACAGCAUUGACUCAAAAUGUGAUUACUUACAUGAGAAAGAAACACUUUGUAAGCAAAAAGUUUGGAAAAACCUUCAGUGACUGGUUAUCCUUUAAUCAACACAAGGAAAUUCACACCAGAUGUAAAUCAGAUGAAGGUCAUCUAUUUGAUUAUGCCUUUAUCCAAAACUCUGCCCUUAGACCACACAAUGUGACUCACACUAGAGUGAUAACAUUGGAAUGUCAUGUGUGUGGGAAAACCUUCAGCAAAAAUUCUAAUCUUAGGCGACAUGAGAUGAUUCACACUGGAGAGAAACCACACGGAUGUCAUCUAUGUGGGAAAGCCUUUACUCAUUGCUCUGAUCUUCGAAAACAUGAGAGAACUCACACUGGAGAGAAGCCAUAUGGAUGUCAUCUAUGUGGGAAAGCCUUCAGUAAAAGUUCUAACCUUAGACGACAUGAGAUGAUUCACACUAGAGAGAAAGCACAGGUAUGCCAUCUAUGUGGGAAAGCCUUCACUCAUUGCUCUGACCUUAGAAAACAUGAGCGAACUCACUUAGGAGAUAAACCAUAUGGAUGCCAUCUAUGUGGGAAGGCUUUCAGUAAAUGUUCUUACCUUAGACAACAUGAAAGAACUCACAAUGGAGAGAAACCAUAUGAAUGUCAUCUAUGUGGAAAAGCCUUCUCUCAUUGUUCUCACCUUAGACAACAUGAGCGAAGUCACAAUGGAGAGAAACCACAUGGGUGUCAUCUAUGUGGGAAAGCCUUCACUGAAUCUUCUGUGCUUAAACGACAUGAGAGAAUUCACACUGGGGAGAAACCAUAUGAGUGUCAUGUAUGUGGGAAAGCCUUCACUGAAUCUUCUGACCUUAGACGACAUGAGAGAACUCACACUGGAGAAAAACCAUAUGAAUGCCACCUAUGUGGAAAGGCCUUCAAUCACUCUUCUGUCCUUAGACGACAUGAGAGAACUCACACGGGAGAGAAACCAUAUGAAUGCAAUAUAUGUGGUAAAGCCUUCAAUAGAAGUUAUAACUUUAGACUUCAUAAAAGAGUUCACACUGGAGAGAAACCAUAUGUAUGUCCUCUAUGUGGAAAAGCCUUUAGUAAAUUUUUUAACCUUAGACAACAUGAGAGAACUCACACUAAAAAAGUAAUGAAUAUGUAAGAGUCAUCAACCAUAGCGUUAACACUAAAUACACCCAAGGACUGACAUACUACAGGAACAUUAUGUCUGUAAUCAGUGUGGAAAAGCCUUUAUUUGUAAUCACCACUUUGCUCAACCUAAAUGAAUCCAAAGUAGGGAGAAUCCAUAUAUAUUUAAGCUGUAUGGCACAAACU